AUGCAUGGUGUGGCGGAGCGGUUUUCUGAGUGGAUUGCCGACUGUGGAAACCCUGUCAAAUACAAUGGUUUCUGGCAACCAAAUUUAUUCACCUAUGAGUUUAAGCGACCGAGGCUUUUCGGUGUCUGCAAGGAAUCGCAUGGCAAAAAAUUCUGA